CUUGAAUUGUAGGCGCACACUGCGAGUAUCAGCUGAUAGGUCCGGAUGAGCUCCUGGGCAGUUACCCGUAGGGAUGAGGCAGAAGAAUUGGACUAUGGAUCGAUGCAUCUUAACGAAACUCCUACCCUAUAUCGUGUGAUGUCUGGAUCAUCCAGCUGUUCUGCUCAGGCUAUAGCAGCUCGAUGGCUUGAAAGGAGUUUCGAGUUGAACAAUCUGUCUUUGACAGACUAUCAACGACGUGCUCGAGAACUCCGACGUUCAGUCCGUCAAGGUUUUGAUUCAGCAGCAACAUGUACAGACGGUAUUAUUCACGCUCUAAAGCAAUUAAUUCACAACGGUUGGAUUAACAGUCGGUGGAAUUUGAUCAGUGUUGAUUGUGAUCAUUUCGCUUCAGAACCAUGGGAGAAAAAUUUCGCUUGUUGUUAUCGUAAUGCACAAUGCAUACUUUCUGCGUUAUUUCGAAUUCCUGAAUUUAGGAAACGUCUUUUUGGAUCCCUUUCAGCUAUGCCAUCCGUAUGGAAAUUACAGGCACUUUUAGAAUCUGCUUGGUCUCUUGGCUUCGAUCCACUUGGCGCGUCUCAGAUAUCUUCAACACUAAAUUUGAAUAGAAUUACAUCUGGUUGUCGUCUUAUAGAUUCUACUGUUGGCAGCAUUUCUACAGAUGAUCGUAAUCUUGUUGGAUUGGUGGAUAGUACUGCAUGUUUAGGUGCUACCGAUAUGGUUUCUCUCUUUGGAUCAAUAGGUGUACGUUCAUCAAUUAUAGAAUGUCGUUCUCCUUCAGGACCUGGUGGAACUCAUCCAUACCUAUUAACGCAUAUCUACUCCUAUGUAACCUCAGGUAACAGUAGAGCAAUGUCAAAUGAGCCUGCAACAUUACCAAUGCUUUUACAACACGAAGGCCAUAGUCGCAUAGUAAUUGGUGUUGAAGUGGAUGACAAUGAAAAACCCUUAGCGCUCAUUGUUCUAGAUCCCGAUGUACCGCCUGAUGCUAUGCGUCAAAUUAUUAAAGCAGCAGAUUAUUCUGUAUCUAGUCCCAAUGCAGAUAUAUCUCGUCUGUCCUUUGGACCGUAUCAUUGGAUGGAUGUUUUAGGCAGUAUGCGUGUGGAUAUAACACAGUUAGUUCAACCUCAAUACCAGCUGCUUCAGAUUACUGGAUUAAUAGAAACUGAAUCAGAUUUACAGAGUUCUAUGGUCCCCGAAAAUGUUACCAUUGCAAUCUCAUAAAAAAUAAGUCAAUUCAACUGGUUUGGUGGUGGUAAGAGGGCCUACCCCACCCGUUAAAUAUAAAUAUAUAUUAUAUACACAAUAUAUACAAUUUGUUCCGCUGUUCCUGUUCUCGUUCGUUUGUUCAAUGGUGUAUUUAUCGUAUCCAUUAUACUACGUUCGUUCACACAGAUUCACUGUGUAUAUUUUUAAUUUAUUUUUCUAUUUUUAUGCAUAUUCUUCUUCCUCUUCUCCUUCUUCUUCUUGGGGACGUUUGUCGUGUGUAGACUGAUGGCUUCGAAUUUGACCUUGGUUUUUAUUCCCUUCAUUUCUUUUUCUUAUCCGUUUUUCUAUCCCCUUUUACUUGCCAGAAACCACAUACACAUAUAUUACUCAACAUUUAGUUACAUGAUAAAGUGUAAUUGCCUCUUUAUACUAUUGUUUCUUUUUUUCCAACCUUUCUCGCGCUUUCAUGUUUAUCGUCUUUCUUUCUAUCCUGUUGAAGUAGUUUUGAAAUCAAGAAUAACAGCAGUGCGUGCAUUCACCACACUUUUACUUUCCUAGGCAGUUCAGUGUUUUGUUCUUUACUCUCUAAGUUAAAAUAAAAUUUUGACAAUAAGCGCUUAGUUUUCUUUUACGUUUUUUUCUUCUGUGCUUUUAUGUCACACUACUGUGUGUGUCUUUGGCUUAAUUAUUUAAUUUAUUUUUUUUGUUAGUUUAAACGGUUUGUAGUACACAGUGAGAUUUCGAAGUUUGUCUGAGGUGGGGAAAAAGUUGUAUCUAGUAGAGAUGUGUCUGCUUUAAU